CAAGUUGCAAACAUCGGUGUGCGAGCACGGAGAUCAAUGGAUCACAUCCCAUCAAAGUGCCUCGAGUUUUGAACUGGCUCACAAAUCUGAGUUUGGUAGUAAUUUUGGAAGCAAUCGCUCGAAGCACACCAAGCACACAAACGUACUCAUUGACAAGUCAUAAACCAUGACCGCCACCAUGAUGAACCACAACAACUUCGCUUUGGAUACCAUCCAAGAUGACGAAGAAUCCUCCGUGGGCAGCAAUCAGGAUGUGACCUCCAGCCACGGAACCGACCGAGAGGCGUCGUCCAGUCGCGACGAAGAGGCCGAGAUCAGGAAACAGUCCGCCAAGGAGACGAAGCGUGUUUCCAUGUGGCGCGCCUUUGUCGCCAUGGCCCUCCUUGCGACCGCUGUGGCUGUCACGGCCACGACGUAUAGUCUUUUGGUCAAGGACGAAGAUGAAGCAUUUCGUACUGUGUACGCUCAGUUCGCUCGUUCGUUGGCCGACUCGGCCAUUCUACAGCAGAAGGAUCUUCGUGAUGGUUACAGGGGCCUCGCUGACCAGAUGGCUCUCAACGCUGAGAUUGCGGGCGACGACGGGGUUGCCAAGUGGCCCUUCUUUUGGCCUCCGAAAUUUGAGCAUACGGCCAAGGACUUCUUCAGGGUCUCCAAUUGCGAGUGGGUCGCUGUCAACAACGUCGUCGAGGAGAAGGAUCGCGACGCCUUUGUGAACUUCACCACCGCUCAUUACCGCGACGCCUACAAGGAAUCCCACAUGAUUCGUCAUGGCAACUUGGACAGGCUUGAUGACAAUGUCACCAAGUAUUUGGGGGUCGUCACAAAGUUCGAGCGCGUCAACGGUACGGGAGCGUUUGUGGAAGACGACAAGCCGCGCGAGCGCAUGUUGAUUCGUACCAUGCAGUCGCCUCCUCCUGGUGACUAUUCCCGUAGUCCAAACUGGAACCAAAACAGCAGCACCUUCACACAAAGGUACUUGGGCAUUAUGCAAGACUUCCCCAACGAGACCCUCUUCAUGGGUGCAAGCAGAGUCAGCUUCCUUACUGUCUCUGAAGAUGAACAUCAAGGGUAUCACAGUGAUGACGGCGCCGAACACCCUCACACGUACUCUGUAUAUCCCAUUCAUCGAGGCGUUGGUGACACCAAUUCUGAACUUGUUGGAUGGAGCAUUUCUGCUCUCGCUUGGGAUGCCCCUCUACGCAACCUGUUGCCUGACAACGUGAGAGGAUUGCUCGCAGUGGUUAGCAACACUUGCAACACCACGUUCUCCUACUUCAUUGAAGGCAAAGAUGCUUGGUUCAUUGGCUAUGAAGAUGCUCAUGAACCAAAGUACAACGACAUGUCACUCUUCGUGGACUUGGCAUUGGACGCCACUCCUGCCCUCUACGACAGGCCCGGACACUGCAUGUACUCGAUGAAGAUCUAUCCAACGCAAGAAUUCGAGGACAAUUACAAGACAAGCACCCCCAUCAUCUUCGCAACUGUCGUUGCUUCCACCUUCUUGCUUGUCUUCAUUGUGUUCCUCAUGUAUGAUCGAAUGGUACUCAAGAGAAACGAGAAGAUGAUCUCCAACGCAGCCAAGUCUAAUGCGAUUGUCACUUCCAUUGUCCCUGAUCAUCUUCGAGACCGGCUCUUGAAUCGUCAAGACGAUGACAAGGAUAUGAAUGGGAAGAAGAAUGGGACCCUCAAGACUUUCCUGAACAAUGAACAUGGUGGGCAAGGCAUGGAGCGUGGUCAGUCUCCACCUCUUGCCGACCUCUUCCUGGACACCACCGUGUGCUUUGCAGACAUUGUUGGAUUCACUGCGUGGAGUAGCGCGAGAGACCCAUCCCAAGUCUUCACCCUUCUCGAGACUUUGUACCAAAGGUUCGACUACAUAGCUAAGAAACGGAGAGUGUUCAAAGUGGAAACAGUUGGAGACUGCUACGUUGCUGUUUGCGGUUUGCCAGAACCGAGAAGAGACCAUAGUGCAGCCAUGUGCAGGUUUGGAAGAGAUAUCCUUGCUGCCAUGAACGUUUUGACAAACGAGCUUGUUGUCACCCUCGGUCCUGAUACGGGAGACCUCAUGCUUCGUAUCGGACUUCAUAGUGGUCCAGUGACGGCUGGUGUUCUUCGUGGUGAACGUGCUAGGUUCCAGCUCUUCGGUGAUACUAUGAACACGGCCGCUAGAAUGGAAUCGGCAAGCAAGCCAAACAGGAUCCAAUGCUCCAAGGAGACAGCGGAGCACCUCAUCAAGUUGGGAAAGAACGCUUGGAUCCAAAAGAGAUCCGAGCCCAUCGUCCUCAAAGGAAAAGGCGAAAGAGAAGGAUACUGGGUUACCGUACGAGGUGACAGGGCUGGAAGUGUUGCGUCUGGUGUAUCCGCCGGCAGCGAAGUCAACCCCCCAUCGGUUGACGGAAGCAAUAGCACUGGCAAUAUCAAUCGCUACAGCAGCAGCAUGUUUGUUGCUGAAACCAAGGAUCGUACGGGGCGCCUCAUCGAUUGGAAUUGUGAGGUGCUGACUAAGCUACUGAAGGAAGUCCGAGCUCGUCAGAUGAUGACAGCAGGAUCUGUGACCAAGGCAGAUAAAGUGAACGAGUCCACCUUGAAGUCUGAAAUUGGUGGCACACCUCUGGAGGAAGUCCGAGAGAUUGUGACAAUGCCGCACUUCGAUGCUUCCGGCGAAAACAAGGAGAUUGAUGCUGAAGAUGUUCAGCUGCCUGAGACUGUCAAGGAUCAGUUGAGAUCAUACAUCGCCAUCAUCGCAGGAUUGUAUCGUGACAAUCCAUUCCAUAACUUUGAGCAUGCUAGCCAUGUCAUGAUGAGUGUUAACAAACUCAUGAGCCGCAUUGUACCUCGAUCUGACUUUGACGGCAAGACUGCCCAUGACCACACUUUUGGCAUCAGCGCGGAUCCCUUGACAAGGUUUGCCUGUGCUUUCAGUGCCUUGAUCCACGACGUUGAUCACUCUGGAGUUUCCAAUGCCCAACUGGUGAAGGACCAAGUGCCACUUGCCAAGAAGUACAAGGAUCGCAGUGUUGCUGAACAGAACUCUUUGGAUCUUGCCUGGGAGCUUCUCAUGGGAGCUGACUACAAGGAUCUCAGGGCUUGCAUGUUCCAAACACAGUCAGACCUGGUCCGAUUCCGAAGGCUGGUGGUGAAUGCUGUCAUGUCCACUGAUAUUGUUGAUAAAGAUCUCAAAGCUUUGAGAAACAACCGCUGGGAGAAGGCUUUCAAGAAGGAUGAAACAGGAAGCACAUCAAGCUUGAGCAGCAGCAACAGUGACAGUGAAAAGGACAGAAUUGACAGAAAAGCUACCAUUGUUAUUGAGCAUAUCAUCCAGGCCUCCGAUAUUUCCCACACAAUGCAGCACUGGAUUGUCUACAGGAAGUGGAACCAAAAGCUCUUUGAUGAGCUCUACGUUGCCUAUCUCAAUGGGAAAAUGGACAAGGACCCUGCAACUUUCUGGUAUCAGGGUGAGAUUGGCUUCUUUGACUUCUACAUCAUCCCACUGACCCGAAAGUUGAAGGAGUGCGGCGUCUUCGGUGUGUCUAGUGAAGAGUACUUGCAGUAUGCCAUCUCCAACAGAAAGGAAUGGGAAGCACGAGGCGAAGCUUGUGUUGCAAUCUUGGCCGAGGAAGCCAUGAAGAAGUAUGGGGUCAAGGGCAUGCCCCAGUUGCAGCACGAGUCUCAUGACUCGCUGGAAGAGCAAGCCCCUCCAGUGGAUAUUAUAAGGAACGUUGUUGCCUGUUAAAGGGUUGCAGGUCUUGAGGGCACGAACAAAAAAGAGAAACAGAGUUAUCCGUCCAGUCAUGCAGAAAUGGGUUGGUCGUCGGUUCCGGAUUUUCAGUCUCCGCAUUCAUCAUCUUCAUUUGAGUUCCAUUCUCCAUUGCCACCUCCCAACAGAGCCGACUGACCUGGAAGCAUGACUGGUGUUUUUGAUCAGGAAUAUUACACAGUUUACUACAUAAGUUUACAUACAUAAUGCAUUUUGCAAGAGUUACCUAUCUGGUCUGUAAAAGGCCACGUUUGAGCUCAAUUGCUUGCCAGCUAGCUAGGAGUACCUUUAUCGUCAUCCCAGCCACCAUUGCUUCUUGGAUUCUUGGAUGCUGUUGUGUGGAUACGAUGCUUGGCGCUCAGCUCCUUGGCUCUGGCGGCUUACCGGGCUGGCUUCUUGCUCAAACAUCUCGUACUAAUGUAAGUGUUUGCUACCAUGUAACGCUUUGGUAGCCCCAAUGAGGCAGAUACUGGACAGAAGAAGAACGGGACCCUCAAGACUUUCCUGAAC